CCGUUCGAGUUCUUCUUUCACGAUUCCGACAAGGAGGCUCCCUGAAUAAUGGCUGUCACGAACCAGAGUCUCGCCUCUUCGCGCCGGAAGUCGCGCAAGGCGCACUUCAGCGCUCCCUCCAGCGAGCGCCGUGUUAUCAUGAGCGCUCACCUGUCCAAGGAGCUCCAGGCCAAGUACAAUGUCCGCUCGAUCCCCAUCCGCCGCGAUGACGAGAUCGUUGUUGUCCGGGGCUCCCAGAAGGGCCGUGAGGGCAAGGUCACCAGCGUGUACCGCCUGAAGUGGGCCAUCCACGUCGAGCGUAUCGUCCGCGAGAAGACCAACGGCCAGAGCAUCCCCAUCCCCCUCGCUCCUUCGAACGUCGUCAUCACCAAGCUCAAGCUCGACAAGGACCGUGAGCAGAUUCUGGAGCGGAUUGGCAAGGGUCGUGAGGCUGUGAAGGCCAAGUCGGCUUAAACGGUUUUCGACCUUUUUUUUUCUCUUCCUUUUCCAAACCUCGAGGGGGCCCGGGGGAGGGUUUCAAGUUUCAUAUUCCAACAGCGGUGUUUGUAACUCGGGAGUUCUAGAAGACUCGAAAAAAAAAUACGAGAU